CAAAGGACAGGGCUAAGUCGGAUUUGUCUAAGGAUCUACUUUUUACAAUUGUCCCUUGCAUAAUUAUUUUUCGGUGCUGACAUUGGUCCGACUUCGUAUAGAAAAGUCCCCGAGGCCUGCGCGGCACAACGAUCACCAAUGACUACUUACUUUAGAAGCAAAUUUUACUAUUUAUAUCAAAGGACGUAUAUUCGAAGUGCUAGUUUGAAAUCAUUAUCGCCUCUCUAUUUUGUAACAGGGUCCCCAAGUUCGCAUUACCCUUACGUAGGUAGGACCUAGGUAUCCAAUAGUCACUAAACUAGAGAACAAAGAAUAUCUUUAAAACCUAAACCAAAAAAAUGCCACCGCAACUCAUCUUCGGCACCGCCGGCUUCGGCAUGGACAAGACGGAGUUUCACGACGCAGAAUCCGUCAAGGCUACACUCGCUACGGUCCGGAGCGUCGGGAUCCAGCGUCUAGACACAGCAGCGCGGUACCCGCCGCUAAACCCGGGGCGGUCGGAGGAACUGCUCGGCGAAGCGCGGGAGCUAAGCCGCGACUUCGCAAUCGAUACGAAGGUGUACACAGAUACGCGAACAGACGGCAGCGGGGACCUGACGCGCGAUACUAUUAGGAAGUCGGUUGAGGUCAGCUUGCAGAGGCUGAAGAUGGACACGGAGAAGGGGGAGAGUAUUAAUGUACUGCACGUGCACCGCGCGGACCCGGCAACGCCGCUUGAGGAGCAAAUUAAAGCGUUUAACGAGCAGAUUGAGUUGGGACAUUGCAAGGCCUGGGGCGUAUCCAACGUGCCCCCCUCCACCCUCUCGCAAAUCCUCUCCCUCUGCGACGAGCACAACUGGCGCAAACCAGCCUGCUACCAAGGGGAAUACAGCCUAGUCUCCCGCGGCGCCGAGACCAAGCUCCUCCCGAUCCUGCGCGCCCACGGCAUCCGGUUCAACGCCUUCCGCUCCGCUGCCUCGGGACUACUAACCGGCAACGCGGUGCGCGGACACGUACAAGGAACACGCUUCGCACCCGACAACCCGCUAGGCGGCGCCAUGCAGCGGGUCUUCGGGGCGCCGGAUCUACAGGACGCGGUGCGGGAGUUCGACGCCGGGGUUCGGGCGAAGGGGCUGACGCCCCUGGAAGUUGCGAUUCGCUGGGCUGUGCACCAUUCCGCGCUAGGGGAGGAGGAUGGUGUGGUGUUGGGGGCGAGCCGGACGGCGCAGGUUGUCGAGACGGUGGAGUUUGCGCGGAAGGGCCCGUUGGCGGAUGAUUUGGUGAGGUUGGCGGAGGAGCUGUGGGAUGCGGUAAAGGAGACUAGGGGGGAGAUCAUUUAAGUAAUUGAUUGGUAAGUACCAGAAACGAUUAUAUGAAAACUGAAUGUUCAAAAUCGUUAUUGACUGGCUUAGUCGGCUGCAUCCUGGUUGAAUAGGGUUGCGUACGACCAGCUGGUUCUACAAGAAAUACCCAAUACCAAAAUCCC